CUUUUGCUCUUUGUUUUGUGUAACCCAUUUGCCUUAUGCCUCUUUAUUUUGCUCUUCUUUGAUGAUUUUUUUCUGGGUCGUCCUUAUUUUAUCCUUUUUGUGCUUUCUGGUGCUUUAGGACUCUGGGGCUCUUCUUUUGAGAUUUGGCUUUUAAAUUUCGAAUUUGGAAUUUCUGGGUUGCGGUUAUUUGUUUGGAGACAGAGGGAAAUUGACUGUUGUAUUGAUUUUCUGAAUGCCUUUAUUGCUGUUUUAAUCUUUCAAAUGGGUUGUUGUUGGUUUGAUCUCUUGGAUUUUGAUACUCACUUCAUUAAGUUUUAUGUGUCUUCCUUUUUUCAUAUUGCUCUGCUUCUUUUGGUAGGCAUUAGAGAGUAGAGGAUCAUUUUGGGUAGCAAUAGUGAGUUGAAUUUAAUUUUUGAACUGUAUUUUUGAGCUCUCUCAACUCAAUUCUAGUUCAUGGGUUGUUGUAACUCCACUUUUCAACUUAGAAGCUUGUAAUUUCUACUGGGCAAGUAUACUAUUACCAUUAUUCUUUGUUUUUUUUUCCUUCCUAUACAAAAAGGAGAAAAAAUCCUAAAACACAAGUACUUAGGAAUUUGAGAUUUGAAGAAUUUAAUUUUGUCAACCUUCUUAAUGGGGAUGAAUAAUUUCAGAAUUGCAUAUGACGUUGUUACUUAAUUUUGAUUUUUGGUGGAGAAUUGGCAAUCAGAAUCUUUGGAAGCUAUCAAAAUUGCAGUUUCUCCAAUAUUGUUGCUGCAAUAUUGGUUUGUUAUUUUUACAAAAUUCCAUACUAUCAGACGCAAAGAAUAGAUUGCGCAUCUAUACUUUCUUUGCUGCCUUAUUACUUGGUGCUGGAGUUUAUUUCAUUGCAAAUGAAUUUAUUACAAAGGGAAGUUUUAGAUGGGAGGUUUUUUAUUCUGCCCAAAAUGUAAAAUCCAGCACAUGCAAGAAUCAAUGCAGGCCUCCUGGGAGCGAGUCUUUACCAGAAGGAAUCAUUAGUAAAACAUCUAACUUUGAAUUUCAGCCUCUUUGGGGCUCGUCUUUACAAAAUAAAAAGCCGAAGGUUUCCAAGAACUUAUUAGCAAUUGCUGUUGGAAUCAAACAGAGACAUGUAGUGUCAAAAAUUAUUGAAAAGUUCCCUCAAGAUGAUUUCGACGUGAUUCUUUUUCAUUACGAUGGUGUUGUGGAUGAAUGGAGGGAAUUUGCAUGGUAUUCUCGUGCACUACAUGUCUCUGCAUUAAAUCAAACAAAAUGGUGGUUUGCCAAGCGUUUCUUGCAUCCAGAUAUAGUUGCUGAAUAUAAUUAUAUAUUUCUCUGGGAUGAGGAUCUUGGCGUUGAUUAUUUUGACCCAAAACGAUAUAUAUCAAUCCUCAAGGAGGAGGGGCUUGAGAUAUCACAACCAGCUCUCGAUCCUGUUAAGUCCAAGGUGCACCAGCCGCUUACUGCACGCAAAACAGGAUCGAAAGUUCACAGAAGGUUUUAUAACUUCAAAGGCGCUGGACGGUGCUAUGCUAAUAGCACAGGUCCUCCAUGCACAGGAUGGGUUGAAAUGAUGGCUCCUGUGUUCUCAAGGGCAGGAUGGAGAUGCACAUGGUAUAUGAUUCAGAAUGACUUGAUCCAUGCAUGGGGAUUAGAUAGACAGCUUGGCUACUGUGCACAAGGUGACCGAACAAAAAAAGUUGGUGUCGUUGAUGCAGAAUACAUAGUACAUUUAGGACUGCCAACGCUUGGUGCUUCCCAUGACAACGCGCUGAAUUCCGAUGCUGCGUUGAAGAAAGACUCAUCAAACUUAGAUAGAUCGGAACCCCAAGUGAAUAAUAGAGUCAAAGUGAGGAUGCAAUCUUCCUUAGAAAUGCAGAUUUUCAAGGAUCGAUGGACUGAUGCAGCAAAGAAUGACAGAUGUUGGAUCGACCCUUAUCCAGCUCAAACACAGCUGGAGCAUUCAGGCUUGGAUAAGAUUGAAGAUAUCUCAUAACAACUUAUACCCAACAAAUUCAAAUAACCAAGGACGAUGCUUUCCAUUUGGAAUCAACUUGGCCUUUUUUUACUCUAUACAAAAUAAUGUCUUUCAAAAGGUUGGUUGUUUAUUUAUUUAUUGUUAUUAUUUUUUGGGAGGGUUUGUUGUAAAUGCAUUAUAGUUUUCCUAGAAAUUAUAGUUUGAAAAUAUGAGGUUUUGUAAAACUUUCCAUGUAAUCUGAGUAAAUGUAAAGUUUGCUUGUAUUGGAUAGUAUUCAGUCUUAGUUAGAUUAAUUAUUUGUUAGGUGUUUGUUAUUCUGUUAUGUCUAUAUAAAAAUACAUUUAUUGGAGAAUUAGAUAAGACAUCAAAUGUACUUACCCUCAUUUCUUCUCAACUCAAUACGGUAUCAGUGCU